GAUCCAUUCAGUAGUUUCCCCCACCACUCCGCACUCAGCAACCCCACCUCACACCCCCACCAUCUAACAUUGUUGGGCAUCGUCCCUGGCCUAUCGCACCAGUAACCUAACCCACCUUACACGUGAAAAGGUACCGGUAGCUUGCCCUCCAGCUCCAUCACCUUGCCAAUUUAUCUCCACCUCCCCUCGACCACUCCCUCCUUUCUCCCCCACCUUUGCCACACCCCCUGACUUCUUUCACAUACACACACACACGCGCCAACUUCGCCACGAAUACCAUCUACUCUAACCCUCAAGGAUGUCUGAGUCUAGGUUUCCGCAUCCUACUGGGGCUAAUUCGGUAAAGUCACAAUGAUCUCCUAAUGUUACUAUACCUAUCACGAUGAUGUCAAGCACUAACAUGAAUGCACUAGCCCGUCCCUCUCCAGAGAUUGAAACAGAUCGCCAACGACGUACGCCACCCUUCCACCCCUCCUAGCUUCCCUCAAGGGUGAAAAAGAAGGGGACAGGAAAGCUAAUAAAUGGCUAAAAGGCCUGCUUCGCAGCUCUCGAGAAAGUCGAAGUCUACGACCAUUCCCGCACCGAGGGGUGGAACAACACCAUCAUCGUCCUCCCCUCCCUCCCUCAUCCAACUACCUUCUACACAGCUAACCUUCAGGGGAUAACCAGAACCACAUUCUGCGCGCCUUGAUUUCCGAGUCCACCCCUACCGGUGCCGGGCCUGGUUCCUCUCCCUACAAGUUCUCCGUGAACAGCACAAUCAUCCAGCACAUGGCUCAGCGCAACUUCAACUAUCAAACCGCCUCCACCUCUACUAGCUCUCCCUCUGCUGCCACCACUACCUCCACCUCCCAGGACCCCGCCUCUCCCGUCUCCCCCGCCGCCGCCGCUAGCGCUGGUGUCGGCAGCGAACUCACCUCCGGCCGUGCGAGCAAUGAGAACACCGGCGUCGGCAGACGCGGAAUGCACAGCGCCUGCGGUGCCUAUUGGAACAACGAGAAGGACGGGAUGUGGAGUUUCAAGUACGAGACUAGAGGUAUUGCUCCCCAGCGUUGCUUGAAAACUGCUGGUAGUGGUGGCGGCAUUGGCGGUGCUGGCAACAGCAGAGUAUGCACUGGGCUAACCGGGUGCUGUGGGAAAGGCCUUGAUGUGGUUAUCUCGGUUAUUUGGAUUGCGGUUUAGAAAUUAUCGACCUACUUCUUUGUCAACCUGACCCUCUGUUUUUCUGUCCGGUUGGUUUGUCGGUCGGUAUUCUGGAUGGAAGAAAGAAGGAAGCAAGGGGGCAAGGAAGGAAAGUGGUUUUCAUUACCGGCGAUACCCGCUUUGGCUUAGUUGGAUCAUGAUGGCACAGCAAAGUGUGUGGAUGCAUGGGUGAAUUUGUUUGUCUUGUUUCUGUGUCCGCCGUCUUUAUCCAUAUCACUCUGAACUGCAGGGGGAAAGGGGGGGUUAUCCUUUCAUUAUUUUCCUCCUACCGCUACUAUUCUCCUCAUACAUAUUUAUCUAUAUAUCUCUUAUUGCAUGAGGGUGGCUUGUAUAUGUGUGUGUAAAUGAGAUUGGAGUGGAUGGAUUAGAUGGGACAUGUAAAAGGUUUCCCGUAGGUUCUUGUGAAUACUGUGGAGUACACGGUAGCAAAGUUAUCCUGCAUAGCCCAAGAUAUCUGGUAGCGAGAUCUGGUCAAUACUGCUUUUCCCAACCAAC